CCGGAAAGAGCAUUUUCGUUUUCUCGGAAAGUUUUGAAACGAAUUUGAUUCGAUCAGUCCUUCGAAAUUUGUAACAUCGAUUUCUCUCCAGACUUUGAUCUAAGACACCAUGUGAAAGUUGAACCGAGGUAGGACUGUUGAGAUGUCUGUGAAACAUUGAUGUGGUGUUUAAACAUGACGAAUGUAAGCAAUUUCUUUGUCGUGUACCUCUGAUUCAAUGGCUUACAGGAGCUGCCUUACUCUGUACUGCAGUCACUGCAACACAGGGCUGGCCACUACGGAUAUCCUAAUGUUAGCUACAGUUCCUCCAUCACAGACGCAUGUGGCCAUUAGAAAAGAAAAGGAGGAAGAAGCUUAUGAAAAAGUCAGAAAGAUUCCAAACCCUGACGCUAAGAGAGCCUCAUUUUGUCCUUACAAAAUUCUUUGCAAACAGUGCAACGAUUACGUGGGUACAGUCAGCAUUGUACACGAAACUACCCUGAUUUGUUUCAAGAUUGAAAACGUUUAUUUCAAAAGGCGAUAUGAGGAAAUCAGAGGGAAAAAAUUGAAGCAAAUAAAAGAAAAACUUUUGCAGUGUGGCCUUGAGGUUGUCAACAUUUCUCAGCUACAACUUCCAGAAUCUAUUAAACAGAACGAGACCCCUUCAGAACCGUUGAUCUAUUGCGAUGUGCGAAACGGCCUUGCUAUGGAGCAAGUGUUGUCCUUCACGAAGCAGACUCCGCGUGGUUAUCAACGAGAGAUGUUUCUGAAAGCUUUGCGCGGAAACACGCUGGUUUACCUUCCUACGGGCUCGGGAAAGACUUUGAUUGCAGCCAUGGUGCUAAGCUGUAUGAAAAGACUAAACCCAAACAAAUUGAUGGUGUUCUUGGUAGACCGCAUACCACUUGUGUACCAACAGAGUGACUACAUUAAGUCCCAAGUUCCAGAUCUCAGAGUGGAGAUCUUAGCGGGAGAUGUUGGACGUUUUCCGGGCGAUAAGUCUCGUUGGAUAGCCACCGUCCAGGCGCUAGCAGAGAAUAAAAUCGAUCUCCUGGUUAUGACCCACCAGAUUUUGUUAAACCUCAUGGCCAGUGAUCCUGUGGUGGUACGCAUGUCUGAUAUUUCUGUUCUCGUUUUCGACGAAGCCCAUCAUUGCCUUGGAAAUCAUUGCUAUAAACAGGUCAUGAGAGAUUUCUACAGAGUUACAAAUAACAGGUUAAAGCCUCUAGUGCUGGCGCUGACUGCCUCUCCAGCAGGCGCUGACACACCCCAGGAAACGUCGAGAAAACUGGAGGAACUUCUGUCGAAUCUAUUCGCAUGUGGGCGCAUGCCUUCUCGGUUGACGGACUUAGAGGAGUACUGGAACCGACCGGAUACAGAAUACCAGGUAGUUCCCCUUAACACCAAGCAAACAGUCCUUGAAUCAAUCGUGGAGUCGUACCUCAACUCCUUGAAAGAGCUCAUUGAACGGGAAGCCAAUUGCCCUCGAGCGCUUGACAAGUUGCAAGUUCUAAAACCCAACUACCGCGGUGCUUUGCGUAAGUUGAUUGAACGUUGCUGUGGUGACAAGAGCCGGGUAAAGGGCUUGGCACUUGGGGAACAUGCCAUGCACAUGCUCAGUGUGAUUGAAGAGAACAACAUCUUGGGGAACGAGUAUGCUGUGGAGAGUCUUGAAGAGUGCAUCAGACAGCUGCGAAUGGCCACAUCCCCUUUGGAACAGCUAAAAAAGAAGCUUAUUGGUUCUAUGAAUGCGCUACAGGAACUAGAAUCGUCAAUCAAAGACCUUAGACGAGCUUCAAGCUUUUUCUCGUCCAGCGACAGGUAUCAACACCUUACUAAGGAACUUGGAAAAUUUAUUCUUCGAGUUGAAAUAGACCAAACUUCCAGAGGGAUCAUUUUUGUCAAAAUGAGGAAGACUGCACACAAGCUCUGUGAACGGCUGCGGAAAGAAACUGAAAUUUGCGAAAAAUUGAACCCAGCCUUCCUUGUCGGUCACGGGCAGGGAAGCGAUGGAAUGGACUGGAGAGGAGAACAGGAGGAAAUCCUCAAGAAGUUAAGAUCUGGAGAAGUUAAAUUACUCAUUAGCACAAGCGUUUUAGAAGAGGGGCUAGACGUCCCUGUAUGUAACCUGGUCAUCCGCUUUGACAGCGCACUGACUGUACGUGGAAUUGUGCAGAGUCGCGGGCGAGCAUCGCGCAGGCCCGACAGCCGGUUUGUCGUCAUCUGCAGGGACUUAAAGGAGCAAACGAACGCGUUUGAUGCUAUCAAAAUGGAAAAGAACAUGGAGCACGCUAUGAGGUUGCAGCAAUAUUCCAAAGCUCGAUUACAGGCUGAGUCAUUCGGUUGUGCGAUGAAGAAACCAGACUUGAGCCAACGAUCACAUCCAGUUGAACCAUUAAGCAUGACAUUCGCAGAAGAGGAACCACAAGCUGAGGAAGAGGAUGAUGACAUUGAAAAUGAAUACAGCGUCGAAGCAAUGACCAUCCAUGAACGAGGGGAAAGUCUCGCCUCAGGGGGACCCAGAAAGAGAAGAAAGAAGCGUGUCCCAAAUGUCCGUAUCGCUAUUUUCAAUGUUGUUACGGAUGGAAAUGACAACAAGGAAGUUAGCCAACUGACAGACUACUUUGAGAGAUAUUUUGAUGUGAAGUCCUUGGCGACAGAAACCAUUGAAGGUGUUAAAGGUGUUGUAAAUUCACCAGAAGAGGGGAGUUUUUCGGACCAAAGUCACCCUGUCGUUCUUCGCCUGCAGUUGGAGCCUCUCGAAGACCAAAGCUUCCGCCGCAAAGAAAAAUUCUUCACUCAUAUUGUCCAGUCAUGGUGUUCGCGUCCCAAUGUGUUCCGAUCCGAAACGAGCAAACACUGGUUGAGUCGAGAUGAGCCCUCGCAUAGCCAAAAGUAUUCCAAACAGGUGCUAGUCAUCAAAGCAGAAGCCAUCAAUCUGGGGUACUUUUGGAAUCGAGCGCAUUUCUGUGCCCACUGGCCUUUCGACUCCACCAAGCGAAUGGAGAAUAUUCGCGUUGCCUUUCAACAUGAUCUUCGAACAUUGUUGAUCUGUUUCACAGUUCCUAAUCCGUUCAGCAAGUGGAAGGCUGAUCUGUACAAGCUGCAAGUACGUUACAGCGAACUGAGAGAAUUCGUUUUGGUAGACAAACUGAGCUCAUCUUCGUCUCAAGAGGUUAUCAUUUCAGUGAGGCAUCCUCCGCGCAUGUAUAGAGCGAAGAAUUUCAUCAAAAAAGAGGAAGAUGACGAAGAAAUCGGCUUUGAAGAUUGGUACUUCAAUGAAGACGAAUACGACUUUGAUUUUGAUGAAGAUCGUGGCUUCUUCGGGGAGUAUUCAAGCGAUUCCGAAGAUGAUCAAACGACUUCCGGAGUCAACCGAAGUAGUGCCGAAAGUUCUCAAGUAGGAUCCGAAGAUGAUAGCGAAGCCCUUUUGACGAGUUCGGAUCUCGCACGUAUUGACGACGUGGUGAAUUGGGAGCGUGUUACAGAAAUCGGAGAUAGCGGAGAAGCUUUUGGUUUGUGCUUUGCCUACAACUUUACCUUUAAGGCGAGUGAAUGGAAUGAUGUUAAAGAGGUGCUUAAAAGCAUCUCUAAAUAUGACAAAACGUCGUUCUAUGUUUCUUUGCGAAAAUCUUUGAGAAGAUUACCAGAGGUGAACAUUUCCAUAGAGUUGCCUUUUGUCGUCAAAUACGCCGCACAAUGUGUCCUGAGUUCCUUUCCAUUCGCCAGGGGUAGAAUCACAACCAAGUUCACCACUCUACUUGGAAGCAAACCUGAAAAAAUAGCACUGUAUGCCUUGGAAAGACUUGGCACGGCGCUCCACAGGGAUUCAUUCUGCGAUCCAGAGGCCCAACUCGAAGCCUUACUCAACGAAACAAAUUUUAAUCCGGGGGGAUUCCCAAAGCAACUGAUCCCCGAACAGUGCGCAAUGAUCAAACGUAUGGUGAUCACACCCACAAGGCUUCUUUACUACACACCAGAGAUCAUGUCAAAAAAUCGUGUCCUUCGGCAUUACAACACAGACCAGUUUUUAUGUGUCAACAUUCGUGAUGAAGACUUCUCGAGGCUCUCGUCCGCAGCUGGAGCCAUUGAUAACGUUUUGGAACGUUUAAAGCGGAUCUUGAACAUCGGAGUGAUCGCGGGCGGGGAUAGAUUCCUUUUUUUAGGAUCUUCCAAUAGUCAGUUGCGCAAUCACGGCUGCUGGUUUGUUCGUCCCAGUCCACAACCAGACGAGAUAAGAGAAUGGAUGGGAGACUUUUCUAGAAUAAGCUGUGUUGCCACAUUCAUGGCGCGAAUGGGUCAGUGCUUUUCAACAUCCAUGGACGCAGUUGGUAUUGACGUCAGUGAAGGGACCUCCUGGGAAAUGGAUAACGACAUUGAAACACCAAAUGGCAGCUACUGCUUCUCGGAUGGAGUGGGAAGAAUUUCGAAGUCACUUGCUCGCCAGGUCGCGAAGAAGAUCGGCAAGAACUUUUUGCCUUCUGCGAUCCAAGUUCGCUUUGCUGGAUGCAAAGGAGUUCUAACACUUGAUCCUAGGCUUCCAGACAACGUAGCGGUCUUCCGCCCGAGCAUGCGCAAGUUUGAAAGCUCCCAUCGACGCAUAGAGGUGCUGCAGACCUCUCGUCCACAGGCCGUUUUCUUAAAUCACCAGUUGAUUAUUCUCUUGUCUAACCUUGGUAUCCCGGAUGAUGUAUUCAUGAAUUUGCAACGUGAUAUGCUGGACAGAUUAGCAGGAAUGCUAGUCGACGAACGGCUGGCAUCCCAGCAGAUGACUUCGGGGGCUAAAACUGGGAUCGCUUACACGAGCCUGUCUAAAGCCGGAAUACAACUGACCACUGAACCCUUUUUCAAGUCUUUGUUAGUAGCACUCUACAAAGAGCGAAUGCAAAAUCUGCUGAGUCGAGCCCGCAUUCUCUUACCACCAGCGGAGGCUCGACUUAUGAUAGGUGUCAUGGAUGAGACGGGGGCCUUAAAGCCAGGCGAGGUGUUUGUACAGUAUUCGGCGACUUCUAAUGACCCUGAUCGCGAAGGAGAAUUCAGCAAAUCAAAAAAGCAUAUUUUCGAAGGACCGGUAGUGGUAACAAGAAAUCCUUGUCUACAUCCCGGAGAUGUCAGACAGCUGACCGCAGUAUACGCGGCUCAACUCGUUCAUUUGGUGGACUGCGUCGUGUUUCCUAAUCACGGACCACGCCCUCAUCCCAGUGAAAUGGCAGGAGGAGAUCUCGAUGGUGACCUGUACUUUGUCUGCUGGAAAAAAGAGCUUUUGCCGAAGAGAAAACUCUUUGAACCGAUGAAUUACGAAGCGCCCCCCAAAAAGAAAGUCUCCGGACCAAUUCAAGUAGGUGACAUGACCGAAUUUGUAGCUGAGUAUAUCCGGUUUGACCAGCUUGGUGUGAUUGACAACGCACAUAAAGCACAUGCCGAUUGUCACGAGGGAGGGGUUGAAUCGUCACUAUGUCUUCGAUUAGCUGAGCUUCAUUCAUUGGCAGUUGACGCUCCAAAGACGGGAGAAUGGCCCGAAAUGCCCAAAGAGGCGAAAGUCCUAGUCUUUCCUGAUUUCAUGAUGAAAUCCGACAAACCUAGCUACCCUUCGGACAAGGUAUUGGGAAAGCUUUAUCGCGAAUGCAGGGCGUUUAAGGACAGUAUAGGGAGAGCGGUCCCACGAAAGAAACCACAAAUCGAUUCCAGCUUAUUAGUGCCCCAUUUCCGGAGGUACCAAGAUGAAGCAAAGGAACUUUAUGAGGAAUACUCCAACCAGCUCCAAACGCUGAUGAACCUCUACGGAAUCGAGACAGAAGCCGAGUUACUUUCGGGCUGCUUUCUUAAAGUUCACUCUCGCCUUGGAAGAGAAAAAGUCGAGAUUGCUGACAUAGUUGGGCACAUUCUCACCAAAAUACGCGAAAGCUUUCGCAGAAGGUUCUUCGGAGAGUUCGAUUCGAACGAAGAUAAACGAGGAGAUGAUGAUGUUAUUUCCGAAGAAAUGCGAAGAAAGGCCUCGGCCUGGUACUACGUGGCGUACGGUAACCUAAACUCGACCGACACAGCAGCGAAUGUCCCGGAUGGAACCUCUUCAAAGCAGUUCUUAAGCUUUCCGUGGCUGGUUGAUGACAUCAUGCUGUCAAUCAGAAGCGAAGGGGCAUUUGAGGAGCAGGAGUCCCCAAGCAUCGUAGCGUCGAUUAAUGAAAGUGUUUUGAAGGUCUUUGAGAAAGAUAGAAGUUUUCUCUUACCAGGUUUUGAAGAAAGGCUACAGAAAAAGAAUUUUAUAUCGAGGGCGAUGCCUGGAAUGAGCCUUGCUUUAUUUGGUUCUUCAGCGACACUUCUCUUCAGAACAGAUUCGGAUCUUGAUCUUUGUAUGCUAAACUCGGAGCGCAUUGCCCAUUAUAGUAGACUGGAUCGAGAGGAACAGAUCGCCUUAUUAACGACAUUACACCCAAUCAUGAAGACGCUGUUUAAGCAUGCGCGUUUGGUGGAGUCCGCCAAGGUCCCGGUGAUUUCUUGCCAGAACCCAUCCAAUUAUGGCGGUCCCUUAGUUAAAGUAGUCGGCGACCUCUCAGCCUCGUGGGAUGGGCUCCUCAAAGCUAUCGUGUUAUCAAGCUACAUUAAAUCCUACCCAGGUCUCUUGCCAGUUCUCCGUCUCCUCCUUAGCUGGGGUCAUGUGACGGGGCUCACAGGACAUGGUGUUGAGGCAGGAAUCAAGUCGAACGAGUUAACUUUCUUGUUGCUGAUAUUCUGCGUUUCCAAGAACUUGAUGCAAAAUUUCAACGUGGAAAGUGUCUGGAGGCGCUGCUUACAGAUUUCAAUCGGACAAGUGAGCGACGCAAUACUUAUUCAGGAAUGGCGAAAUGUUCUUGCAUCUUUACCGUCAUUGGAAUCCUCAGAACACGAGGCCAGUGUUCCAAUAACUCUGGGUGAUGAAGAAAUCGGUGAAAUUCUGCUGAAUUUUUUUCAAGCUUACAACUCCACUCUCGAUACAGAAAUUCCCCAGCCAUUUGCCUCACUAUUAGGCGUGGCCAAACUAGCAGAACUGCUGGACACAGAACACUUGCGCCUGCUCAAGGAGCACAUGCAACGCGCUUUUCAUCUAUUGGCACUUUACGGUGACGUUGAAGUGCUUCUUACAAUCAGUGCUUCAGAAGUCGACCGUGUUAUUUUCCUGUCAGAAGAGCUGUCAUAUGCCAUGACGGGCUCAGAAAGGCAUAACGCGUAUGAGUUGUCAAAGAAGACUGGUGCGAGAGUAACAAUUCGUCCCAGUCUCCCCGGUUCAGGAUUUGGCCUUGUUCUUCAAGCUAUUGGUACUGAGUCCGCUGUGGCGUCGGUAGAGCGAGCACUGAAUGCGAUGGCAACGCAAGCCUUGCGUAACAAGGCUGCCAUUAUGUCAGUGUGCUUUGUUAAGGAAGCCAAACUCAUGGUGGUAGAGGGUAGCCUUAGUGACGACGAUCGCAUCACUUUGGUGCCGUACUACGGAAAUCACCACCCCACCCAUGAUAGUCUGGCUUUGUACGUGCCCAUGCUGAUAAAUCCGAGAUCUGGCCUUAAACGUAUCGGAGCAGCCUUUACCCGGUAUGAGUUUCAAAGCUUUAAAGAAAGGUUUCUCACUCAAGUUCAGGUAAUAGAGAGGGACUAUGUGCCUUCCAUUCAUGGUGAAAUGGAAUUAGCUGUUCGCUUCGGACGCAUUUAUGUUUUAAAUAUUCCGAAAUCAUUUACUGAGGACACAGAAUCUCCGACUGUAAGUGUGUUCCAAACAAAUCUGUCACGUGGUUACAAACCUCGACCCAGUGUGCUCUCCACCACUCCAAGAAAUGACAAAAAGUACGUGCGGACUCUAAAAAGUCGAAAAGUCAAGAAGCGAAAGAGUAACGAUGUAGGAGAAGAUGGCAAAAAGAUGCCAAAGGAGAAACCCUCUCGAAGCUCUUUCUUUACAAUCGUUUCUUCGCAUGAGAAAAUCAUGAGUUUUCUUACACAGCGCGGGUUUGUAGAAGAGCAAAGCUCAGAGUGCUACCUGGUUGAAAUACACACGGAUCAGGAAUUCUGUGUGCUCACAGAUGAAGCUUUUAAUUUUCACGAAAUCAUGUAUCCCAAGCUGCGCUGGUGCGCAGUGGAUGUAAAGAGGGCUUGGCAGGAAAAUCCCGAAGAUCAUGACAUCACUGAUUUAGACGGAGUCGAGACUGAUGUCCGUUUCGUAUUACAGACCCGCCAUGCACUGCGCUCCGAGGACAUACGUGGAACUGCUUAUGAGCAGUACCGUGAUAUUUUGCAGUCUCAAAAUCACGCACAUGCUUCCCGAUGUCCUUUUGUAGUUAAACCGGAAGUCUGGAAAGAAGUGGCCUUGAUUCGACACAAAAAGUCUCGAACAUACAAGCUAGACGAAGACUUGGCAAUGCUAAGCGAGUUCAGGAAAGCCCUUCGCAUCAGCGUGAACGAGGUUACUGAGUAUUCUCGACCAACAAAACACGCUUCUGCCUUCAGUAAAGUGUUCACACGAUGGGAAGUUGUUGUCAAGGCUGGAUUACCCAAUAGUUGGAGUAACAGUGAAGCAGUUGAGAAGCUUUUGAGGGAUAUCUGGGCCUUUUCUUUUGCUUUGGCCUCACAUUUAUCCGAGUAAAUGAAAGACACUGAACAGUUUUCUCCUAAACAGUAAAUUUUAUUUUCUACACGACAUGUGUAAGUUUAGUCGCCCCAACAUUUAUAGCGAGUGUAAAUAAUGCGAUAAAAAUCUCUCAGAGCUUGAGGUGUUGAAGAGAAAGAAACACACCACCCAGUUGAUAAAGUUGAUCUUGAUAACUAAGGACUUCAAUUAUUUUGAAAUGUAUUUUUAACUUGACUUUACAAAAAUAAAUUAGUGCGACUCUACAA